AUGAUAGAUGAUGCAUUGCUAUAUUCGUCAGUUUCAGAUGAAAAAGCACAGAGCGUGCUCAAGCUGGUACAGAGCAUGGCAAGCUCCAAGAACAUCAAGAGGGGAAUAAACGAAUCAAUCAAGUGCUUGAACAAGGGAACAUCACUGCUGGUUGUAAUCGCAUGUGAUACUGAGCCUCCAGAGCUCUCUGCAUUUCUUCCAAUAAUAUGUAACGACAAAGAUGUUCCAUUCAUUCAUGUCCCUUCAAAAAAUGCAUUGGGAGUGGCAUGCGGCAUACACAGGCCAAUAUCAGCAUGUGCAGUAUAUUGUCCUAAAGGUGCGCAAUCUCUACGCUUAGAAGAAAAAAUAAGAGAGGUUCUUAAGUGA